CAGCAAAGCCAGUGAGCAUUACUGCGGAUUUACUUUUUCUUAUCGAUUCUUCRUGGAGUGUCACCCAGGAAGAGUUUAGCAAAGAAAAGCAGCUCGUCAACAAGUUAGCGAAGGCUUUUAAAGUUUCUCCAGAGUAUACAAGAGCAGGAGCAAUUCUGUAUUCAAAUUUGGCAGAACUGAAGAUUCCAUUUGGAAAACAUUCAAAUGUUGAAAGUUUUAGCAAUGACGUCAAUGGAAUUUCGUACAUUGGUGGUAGAAAGCUGAUAGAUAAUGCACUGCAGCUGGCCAGUGACACUUUUGGAGAUGCUAGACCUCAGGUGCCAAGAAUUGCAAUUAUCAUGACAAGAGGUAAUGACCUCACAAGCGCUGGAUCCUACUCGUUGGAAAACGCUAUUCGUUCACUUCGCGAGCGUAACGUGCAUACUUUUGUCAUUGGAGUUGGCGAUAAUUUAGAUAUGAACACGCUUGAAAACAUGGUAAACGAUCGAAAAAAGGUCAUAACUGAGAGAUCUUUCGACCGAUUAAACCAUUAUGCACCAUCACUAGCCAGAUAUAUAGCUAAACACACAGAUAUUUCAACACCACUUGAUUCAAGUACAGAUGUUGUUUUCUUGAUCGACUCAUCUAAGACUGUGGGAGAAGAAAACUAUCGAAGAUUAAAAGAAUUUGUAAUGGCACUAGCAAAGUCAUUCAAACCAGCCAGAAUAGGUCCUCGUAUUGGCACUGUGGUAUUCUCCCGAAACGCGUACACUGUUAAUAACCUUCCUGACUUCACAACCUAUCAAGACUUUACGGAAACACUUAAAAAAGCUGGAUUUCUUCGGCGAUCUAGAAGAAUAGACAAAGCCAUCGAAAGAUUGGGUGAAAUGUUUGAAAUUGACAUUCGUGGUGGUCCAAAGAUUGGAAUUCUAGUUUCAACUGGUCCAAGCAGCAUAGAACACGGUUCUAAAACCUUGAAUGAAGCGAUGAAAAUGAUGAAGCAGAUGGGAGGAAAGAUGUACUCCAUAGCCAUUGGCCACAAAAUAGACGACAAAGAAAUUUUAAGCAUCAGUCAUCCCAAUGACAUCAUCAAAAUGCCUGAUUUUCGUUCUCUGCAAGCGAGUGUGCAGACGAUUGGACUUCACAUUAGUAGGACGUAUGGAAAACAGGGUCUACAGCGGACAUCGCUCAAUUAUGAUGUUGUUUUUAUGAUUGAUUCUACCUCGGAUGUUUCGUCAUCAGACUACCAAGCACAGAAAGAUUACGUCAAACGUUUUCUUCGGUUCCUCACACUUACAUCAGAUACAACUCGAGCAGCAUUAAUAAUUUAUAGCAAUUACGGGCUUGUGAAAUAUAGUUUAAGAGACUUCCUGUCACAGGAAAAAUUUGAAAAAGAUCUCGAAAAUAUAGAACAUCUUGGUGGAUCAAGAAACUUUGAUAAGGUGCUGGAAAGAGCAGCGACAGUGCUUACCGAUGCUCGUCCCGGUUCAAAAAAGAUAGCCAUCCUUCUAACUGCAGGUCAUCAACARCAAAAAGGAGCAAAAGCACUUAACGAUGCCGCUCGUCCUCUUCGCUCAAUUGGAGCAAAGAUCUACGUAAUUGCCAUUGGAAACCAAGUAAACACUAAUGAGUUGCAGAAGGCUGUACAAAGAUCAGAUGACGUCAUAAUAGUCCCGUCAUUUGCUAUUUUGAGAAACGCUGCUCAGGAGAGUGUAAAUCAUAUAUUAGGGAUCAAAGGUGUUCCUGAUGAAUUUCAGGCAGAUAUUCUAUUUAUGAUAGACUCUUCUAAAGAUAUUUCACGACGUGAUUUUGAUAAUCAAAAGGACUAUGUGAAGUACAUCGCAAAGCUCUUAAACGUAAGGACAAGUAAAUCUCGGGCAGCAGUCGUCAAGUAUGGGGACAGACCAGUGGUUCUAUCACCUUUUGAGAGUUUUCGGUCACUAGAAGAAUUAUCAAAGCAAGUUGAUAGGGCCCAACCGGUUGGUGGUGACAGACGAAUGGAUAAUGCAUUUGACAUAGUACCGGGUAUAUUCAAAAGUGCUCGUAACCAUGUCCCUAAAGUCAUAGUCGUACUUGUUGGUGGUAAGCAAGACACUGCCGCCCGACCAAUUGCUGAUUUUUCUGAAAAGGUUCACAAUAUAGGCGCUAAUCUAUUCAUUGUUGCUGUUGGUCAUGAAGUCGACUAUAGUAAAUUAAGAGCAGCAGUAGAAAAACAAGAAAACAUGGUUGUUGUGCCUUUAUUUGGUAAACUGAGACAUCAUGUUUACGGAUUAAUCAAGCAUAUUGCUGAAAAUUCACCGAAGCCAGAAAAAUUCCGUGGGGAUGUGAUAUUCAUGUUAGACUCCUCGGAUUCUAUCUCUUCAAGUGAUUUUCUAAAGCAGAAAAACUUUACCAAAUCUGCGGCCAAAGCGAUCAAUGUCUUUGAUGGGAAGUCUAAGGUGGCUGUUAUUAGUUACGGCUCCACAUCGACACAAGCGAUACGCUUUGGUAGUUAUAAAACCAGCGAUGAAUUUCAAGCAGCUGUAGAUUCCAUUCAGCCGCGAGGUGGGUCACGAAGACUGGAGUUGGCGCUAGAUAGUGCACUGAUUGAACUGGAAAGAGCCAGACCGAAUGUCCCUAAAACCGUUAUUCUAGUUAGUGGUGGUAAGCAGGAUUUUUUCAACCAAGAUGUUUUCAAUGCUAGUGUAAAGGCUUUAAGUAGACAAGGAGCUAAAGUCAUUCUGAUGGSWGUUGGCUCGGAACACAAUGUUGGCCUGCUUGGUCCAUUUGUACAAMCAGCGCAUGACCUUUUUGAUGUUGAAAAUUUUGAUGCACUUCAAGAUAGAGGAUGGGCCAUCGGAAGAACUAUCGUCCGCAAUAUUGGUGCACCAACAUCUUUUCUCUCUGACAUCAUCUUCCUUUUAGACGCUUCUAAGGGAGUUAGACACUCUGAUUUUCUUUCUCAAAAAUAUCACAUCAAACGGCUAGCAAGACUUUUGAACGUCCAAUCGGGGCUCUCUCGGGCUGCCCUGGUCAUCUUUUCUAAAAAUGCCAAAACUGCUUUUUCGUUUGAUGAUUACGAUUCGAUGGAAAUGUUAGAUAAAAAGGUAGAUGAUGCUGCGUUUCUUGGAGGAACAAGAAGAAUAGAUAACGCAUUGAGGUCAGCAGCUCAUCUUCUUAAACAAGCACGCAUCGAUGCCAAUAAGGUUGUCAUACUUUUCGCUGCAGGUCAGCAAGCUCCUGGUGCAACAAGUGUUCAUGUCGCAGCAAAGCCACUGAAAGAUCUUGGGGCAAGGUUGUUCAUAAUUGCUCUCGAUCCUCGAUAUGAUCGCAGGAACUUACUAGCUGCAGUUGAGACGUCCAAAGAUCUAACAGUUAUAAAAGCGUUUCGUGAUCUACAAUAUAAAGUAUCAUCUUUAUCAAGACACAUAGCGUCCGAAAGUGAAUAUUGCAAGACUGCUGCUGAUGUAGUAUUUAUAGUCGAUUCUUCAGGAAGUAUCGGUGCAGAUGACUACAAAACAAUGAAAUCGUUUAUUUCUGCGAUGGCAAAAAGGCUGCGACUGUUAUCUACAGGUUCUCGUGCAGCACUURUUCAGUAUAGCACAAAUGCCACUAAGGAAAUUGAUCUCGACACCUAUUUGAAUUCAGACGACUUCUCCAGAGCUGUUGAUGCUCUAGUACAACAGCGUGGGCAAACUCGCAUAGAUAAGGCACUCAAGUUGGCAUACGAUGACAUUUUUAGCAGCAAAGGAAGUGCCAGGAAAAAUGUCCAAAAAAUAGCAUUUGUCCUCACGGAUGGUAGACAGACUCCAGAUCCUGAUGCUGUGCAACUAGAUUUGGCUUCAAAAAGGCUUAGGAUGGCUGGCGUACAUGUGAUUGCAAUUGGAAUAGGACGUAACGUUGACAAAACAGAACUAAAACUAUUGACUGAAAAUGACAAGGACGUUUACAUCACGGCGUCGUUUGAAGAACUUUUAAACAAAGUGGACAGGUUUUCUGAAAGUGCUUGCAAAGCCACACAGCGACCCAUUAACAUAGAGGCUGAUAUUAUAUUCUUAAUGGAUUCUUCUCAAGAAGUCACCGAGAGUACCUUCGUCGGAGAAAAGGAACUGACGAAACACUUGGCUAGAUUACUUAAUAUUUCUCCAGGCAAGUCAAGAGGUUCUGUCGCUACAUAUGGGUCGAUUGCAAAAAAAGUGAUUUCUUUGGGAGAAUUUCAAUCAAUGACCGCUUUCGAGGAUGCAAUUGAUAACGCUAUAUUCAUUGGAGGAGAGAGGCGAAUGGAUAAAGCACUUGAGAUAGCUGCAUCUAUGUUGGCCAGAGGAAAUCCAUCUUCACCCAAGAUCGCAGUGUUAAUGACUACAGGCAAUCAGGGCAAAGUAUCUGAUGAAAACAAAUUCAGUCUUGGUACUUAUUUGUUGAGAGACCUUGGUGCAAACAUUUUUGUUGUAGCUAUUGGUAACAAGCCAUCUAGACAUAAGCUUCUUGAAAUUGUUAGGAAACCUUCAGAAAUUUUGUCUGUUCCRAAUUUUGAUGACAUCRUURCUCGAGCAUUGCCAAUUUCUCAAGAAAUCUCUCAUUCUGGUGCGUCACCGGAUUUUAUUGCCAAUAUAAUAUUUUUAGUGGACACGUCAAGUGAUGUAACUCCAUCACACUUUACUAGCGAGCAAGCGUUUAUCAAAGAAUUGAGUAAGCAUUUUAACUUAAGACCUGGCUACUCAAGGGCAUCAUUGGUCCCUUACGGAACGACGGCUGACGUAGGUCUGCGCUUUGAAAGUUACACUACAUCAGCUGAGUUUGAUUCAGCAUUGAAUGGCUUGAGACCAGUAGGUGGACAGCGAAACAUCGAUAAAGCGUUAGCAACUGCUGCUCAACUAAUACCCGAUGGACGCCGCGAUGUGCCGACAAUUGUUGUGCUGUUGGUUGCUGGAAAUCAAAACGUUCAGGCGCUACCAUUACCACAAAAAGCUAUAUCUCAUAUUACAAAUCUUGGAGCUCAUAUAUAUGUGAUAGGUAUUGGCCCUGAGAAACAAUUCAGCAUGUUUAAGUCUUCUCUGAAUCCAUGGUCUUUCUUCAAUAUUCUUUCCUUCAAUCAUCUGACAGGCAAUGCUCCGAGAAUAGCAAGACAAAUCGCAUCAGCUACUCCAUCUUGCACUGUGCCAGUGGAUUUGGCUAUUCUUAUGGAUUCCUCUGCACUUAUCAGUCCGUCUAACUACGCUAAAAUGAAAUCUUUUGUGUCCGCGUUAGUUAGUAAUUUUGGAAUAUCACGUGGUUCACGUACAGCGGUUAUUCUAUUCAGUGACUUCGCAAGUAUAGAGAUCGAUUUUGGACAUCAUCAAAACUUUAAUGACUUCAGAAAACACGUUGAUGGUUUAUUCCACCAAAGAGGGAGAAACCGAAUAGAUCGAGCAUUGCAACUAGCUCAUAGUGGACUCUACGGUCCUAAUGGCUCCGCUCGUCGUGGUGUACACAGAAUACUUGUGCUUCUCACAACUGGAGAGCAGACGCGCGAUCCUGACUAUCUACCCCUGGAUAAAGCUGCUUCAGUUUUGAGGAAAGAGGGUGUUUAUAUUUUUGUCGUUGGAAUAGGCUCUAGUGUUAACAAAAAAGAAAUCAGGACUAUGGUAGAAAAAGAGAGCGAUAUUUUUCUGGCAUCAUCGUUUAGCGAUUUAUUAGGAAAAGUUGGGUCAUUUUCGAAAACGUCCUGCGAAGAGCCCCAAUCACCAACAAAUGCUKACUUAGACGUWGUUUUUGCGGUCGAUGGCUCAUCAGCUAUAAGGAAGAGCGAAUACGACAAUCAAAAGAAAUUCAUAAAGAAAACAGCUCGUUCGCUGAACAUUGCUCCUGGUAAAUCACGUGGUGCACUAGUGACUUAUGCCAACGUACCAAAUCGAAUCUUCAUGUUUGAUGGAUACGACUCUCAGUCGCAAUUCGAUAUUCAAGUAGAUGGAGCUAUGCAAAAAGGUGGACCACGUCGCCUAGAUAAAGUGUUAGAAGAAGCGAGGAAAAUGUUCAACUUUUCUCGAGCUGGCAUACCAAAAUUGCUUGUUUUGCUUACCGGAGGAGAUCAGAAGYYAGGAGUUGGUGUUCAGGAUCUURCCGAGAUAUCCAGACAUUUGUAUAAUAUGGGAACAACAAUAUACGUUAUCAAUGUUGGAAAUGACCCKGGAAGUAAAAUACUGCAAUCCAUGGUGGAGAACCCCAAAAAUAUGAUUAAUGUGAAGUCAUUUGAUUUACUUCCUUUAUUGUCCAGUUCAAUUGCAAGAGAAAUUGUAAAAGGAACGCUUAUAGAGAAAUGCGACAUCCCUUUGGAUAUUGUUUUCAUCGUUGAUUCAUCUGGUAGUAUACGUGUUGGAGACUACAGAAAAGUGAAAUCUUUCAUCGCUCGUCUUGCAAGCAAUUUUCAUAUUUCACCAAUCAGUACACGACUUGGUUUAAUCCUGUACAGUAAUAAUGCAACGAAACAAAUUGAUUUUGAGGAUUAUCCAAACAUCGAUAGCUUUGCUUUUGCUGUGGAUGCUCUUCCACACCAAAGAGGGAAGACGCGUAUCGACAAAGCACUUCUUUUGGCUUAUAAAGAAUUCUUUGGACCAAAAGGGAGUGUUCGUCGGAGAGUUUUGCACAUCGCCAUAAUCAUGACUGAUGGUAUGCAGACGAAAACCCAGGAUGCUGUUUCACUUGACAGGGCUUCAGAAGCUUUGAAGCGUGCAGGAGUGUAUAUAAUGGCAGUAGGCAUUGGACAGGAUGCACAACGUCAAGAAUUAAGACUUUUGACUACAGAUGACGAUAACGUACUUAUGCUGGAGUCGUUUGACGCUCUCUUGAGAAGAGUACAAAGUUUUGCUGAAACAGCGUGUCAAGCUUCUACUUUUCCUUAUAUUGACGGAGAUAUCAUUUUUGUUAUUGACUCUUCGGCUGCUGUGAAAACCGGAGACUACUUCAAGGAAAAGGAUUUUAUAAAAUCACUGGCUAAAUUCUUAAACGUUCGUCCUGGUCAUUCACGAGCUGCUCUGAUCACGUAUGGCAGUCAAGCCUUCCGUGUUAUUAACUUUGAUGAAACGGACACCUUGAAAGGAUUUGAACAAGCAGUAGAUAGAGCUGGAAAAGCUGGAGGGCCAAGACGUAUCGACAGUGCUUUGGCUUCAGCGGCCACGAUGCUCGACAAGUCUCGACUUAAUGUUCCAAAGAUCGUAGUUCUUUUGAUAGCAGGUGAAACAUCUCCAGCGAUUACCCGUAAUGAGCUUUCUGGUGCUGCAAAGGCUCUACGGAGUCUUGGAGCUAAAACAUUUGUGGUUGCUAUAGGAAGUAAACCCACGGAAAGCGAACUGCGACCUAUAGUUCAGAAACCAAGUGAUAUAUUUCGAAUUGAGUCAUUUGAUCUCUUACCUAUCGAGAUGCCUUCUGCAGCGAGACUAAUUGGUGAACAAACAGGAGCUCCCCCAAAUUUUGGGACAGACAUCAUAUUCAUGGCAGAUUCAUCAAAAGACGUAAGCUCGAUUGACUUUAGGAGGCAAAAAUCAGUUUUGAAGCUCAUGGCCAAUCUACUCAACGUACAAUCAAGGCAAUCGCGUUCCGCUUUCAUUACAUAUGGUGACACUCCUAAUGUAGUUGCAACAUUUGAUGUUUCACUGGAUAGAUUCAAUCUGCUUGUCAACGAGGCGUCCCCAGUCAAAGGCACACGACGAAUGGAUCUUGCUCUGGAAAGUGCAAUAAGACUAAUGUCACAAGCCCGACCCCAAGUUCUCAAGAUUAUUGUUACAUUUACUGGUGGAGAAAAUGACAUCAUAGCAAAACCAUUGCAGUUGGCUGUCCACAAAUUACAAGAUAUGAGUAUUCGCUCCUACGUUAUUGCAUUUGGGGAAAACCCUAAACUGAAUUCGCUUAGUGAAGCAGUCAAUAAACCACACAAUCUUUUGCACUUCCCUGACUUAAGACUGUUGAGGACAAAAGGAUCAGAAAUUGCUCGUCAUAUUGCAAUGACUUCGUCUGUUUGUAAUUCUCUUGUCGAUAUCGCCUUUCUUGUUGAUUCAUCUGGCAGCGUAACGAAGUCCGACUUCAACAAAAUGAAACGCUUCAUUACCGAAAUGACGAGUAGGUUCAACUUU